UACUUCCAGCAUGGGGAGAAAGAUUCCGCCCCCUCACUCCAGACAAACAGCCAGGGAAGCAUCGGGUAGUGAGAGAUACCUCCAGCCACUUGAAACAAGCAGCAGCUAGCCCAGUGAAGACCCUGCAGGUGGAGGGAGGACCAGAGGACCAAGACAUUGGGCUUCAGUGACAGGCAGCCAGGGAGACGCUGCCAAUCACUGGACCAAGACCACAGGGGUAGGAGCACAGCAGGGAGCAGCGGUGAGACAUUGCUAUGGCUGACAGAGGACAAGGGAGAGAUGGACAACAUCCGCAUAAUCUUCAAGGGCUGCUGCACAUGGCCAUUGAGGCUGGCACAGAACCGGGUACCACACACCAAACAGAGCAGCUCUCUGAAGAGAGGCGGCAGUGGCUUCAGCAGGCCAUGAGCAGUGCCUUUGCAGGCCAGGUGGAUGAAGUGCAGCAAAUGAAGGAAUGCCUGCAGGAGCUGAGCACUGAGACAAGUGAUGGAGAUGGAGACGAGAAAAAGCAGCAAGCUCUGGAGUUGUUAGCAGACCUUUGUGAAAACCUUGAUAAUGCUGCUGAUUUCUGCAAGCUAGGUGGGAUGGAGUUACUGGUGACUCGUUACCUGAGUUGCCCUGAGGCCAGCCUGCGCUGGAGAGCUGCUGACCUGAUUGGUAUUUGCAGUCAGAAUGUGGCCUUCGUUCAGGAGGCUGCACUGUGUCUUGGCGCUAUGAACAAACACCUGCAACUGUUGGACUUUGACAGCUGUGAAACAGUCAGAAUAAAGGCCCUUUUUGCAAUUUCUUGCUUGGUGCGGGAACAGGAAGCGGGCCUGGCUGAGUUUGUGAAGCUGGAUGGUUUUUCUGUGCUGAUGCGUGCCAUGCAGAGUGACAUACUCAAACUAAAGAUAAAGUCUGCCUUCUUACUGCAGAAUAUACUGACCAGUCAUCCAGCACAUAAAGGUACAUUGUGUUCCAUGGGGAUGGUCCAGCAACUUGUGUCUUUACUUCGCACAGAACACAGUCCUUUCCAUGAGCAUGUCCUGUGUGCCCUGUGCAGUUUAGUGAGUGAUUUCCCACAAGGUGUAGCUGAAUGUCAAGCUCCUGAAUUAGCCUUGGAAGAGUUACUCAAAGAGCGUUGUCAACUGGUCCAAAAGCAGGAAGAGUUUCAGGAAGAGCUGGAGUAUUGUGAGCGCUUGUUAAAGAUCUGUUUCCAAGACAUUCCUGAAGACAAUGGAAUGGAUCGGUGAUAACAUGGAGACUAUGCCCAUAAAUGUUGCCUCAUGCUGGGGCAAGAUGACCAGGAUUGUUCAAACGGAGUUAAUUUAUAAAUUGAUUCUCAGACAUGUACAAUCUUUGUUUCAAAAGAGGAGUCUGGGACUGUUUUAUUUUUUAAUAAACAAGGACGUGGUUGUGACGGCUUAUAUGUACAUUAUCCUGUCAGAGGUCUGUGUAUCAUUAAAAGUAGUCUGAGACCUUGUUUACUCAUGAAA